UUAGCAGUAACGAUCCCGUAGCCGCGCAUGGAUAAUGCGAUACUGAGCAUGUGGGAAAAGGCGAAAGGGGCGGAGUUCGUCUUCUCCACUUUACCAGUGUUCCAGUGUUGCUCACAGAGCUCUCACUGCAUGCGCGCACUUUCGCAAUCCUCUGCGCUCUGUAGCAGCCCCACUUUCCAUCAGUCCGCUUGGAAUUGUAGAGCGCAUCGCUCAUCAUCUCUGCUCGCUGUGUUACUGCGCUAAAGCCUUCGUUUUGAAAGUGAAGCUGCGGGAGGCAGCCAGCUUCCCCGCGCCCAUGGAGGGAGACGGGAUGGACAAGCUGGAGCGCAUGGCUUCCGUGUGCGAGCUCGACCCAGUCACAGGCAACAUCCCCGCCACCAAAGUGGAAAUCAGUGUCUCAUGCAGAAACCUGCUAGAUCGAGAUACAUUCUCCAAAUCAGAUCCAUUAUGUAUCAUGUAUACUCAGGGAGCAGAGUCGAAGCAGUGGCGAGAGUUUGGGAGGACAGAAGUGAUUGACAACACACUCAACCCAGAUUUUGUGAGGAAGUACAUUCUGGACUAUUUUUUUGAGGAGAAGCAAAAUCUGCGUUUUGACAUAUAUGACAUUGAUUCCAAAAGUCCUGACCUGGCCAAGCAUCCCUCCGAAUUGAACGACUUCCUGGGUCAGACUUUCUGCACUCUGGGUGAGAUAGUGGGAUCUCCAGCCAGUCGACUAGAAAAGCCUCUGGGGGGCAUUCCAGGGAAAAAAUGUGGCACUAUCAUUUUAACAGCAGAGGAACUGGGAAACUGCAGGGACUGUGUCACUAUGCAAUUCUGUGCCAAUAAGCUGGACAAGAAAGACUUCUUUGGUCGCUCAGACCCUUUCAUGGUGUUCUACCGGAGUAAUGAGGACGGAACGUUUACUAUCUGCCAUAAGACAGACGUGAUGAAAAACACACUCAACCCUGUGUGGAAACCUUUCAGCAUCCCUGUGAGAGCCCUCUGCAAUGGAGACUAUGAUAGGUCAAUUAAGGUGGAAAUAUAUGAUUGGGACAGGGAUGGCAGCCAUGACUUCAUUGGAGAAUUUUCCACUAGCUACCGGGAGCUGUCACGGGGCCAGAGUCAGUUCAAUGUUUAUGAGGUGGUGAAUGCCAAAAAGAAAACAAAGAAGAGAAGAUACAUAAACUCUGGAACAGUGACGUUGCUUUCAUUCUCUGUUGAGGCGGAACACACUUUCCUAGAUUACAUCAAAGCAGGCACUCAGAUCCAUUUCACUGUGGCUAUUGAUUUCACAGCUUCCAAUGGGAACCCAUCUCAGUCCACAUCUCUGCAUUAUAUGAACCCAUACCAGAUGAACGCCUAUGCUAUGGCACUAAAGGCUGUCGGGGAGAUCAUCCAGGAUUAUGACAGUGACAAGAUGUUCCCUGCAUUGGGUUUUGGAGCCAAACUCCCUCCUGAUGGCAGAGUGUCUCAUGAAUUCCCCCUGAACGGUAAUGUAGAUAACCCAUACUGUAAUGGCAUGGAGGGCAUUCUAGAGGCAUACCACCAGAGUCUGAAGACGGUUCAGCUUUAUGGACCAACUAACUUUGCCCCAGUCAUCAAUCAUGUAGCGAGAUAUGCAGCAGUAGUGGAAGAUGGCUCACAGUACUUUGUGCUCCUAAUCAUCACAGAUGGAGUUAUAUCAGACAUGGCUCAGACCAAAGAAGCCAUCGUCAAUGCUGCUAAACUCCCAAUGUCCAUCAUAAUUGUUGGAGUUGGCCAGGCUGAGUUUGAUGCCAUGGUUGAAUUGGAUGGUGAUGACAUCCGAAUAUCUUCAAGAGGGAAGCUGGCAGAAAGGGACAUUGUUCAGUUUGUGCCAUUCCGGGACUACAUGGACCGGACAGGGAACCAUGUUCUCAGCAUGGCGCGGCUAGCCAAAGAUGUCCUGGCGGAGAUCCCCGAUCAGUUAAUCUCUUACAUGAAAUCAAGAGGCAUCAAACCCAACCAGACUCCACCAGACUGUAGCCCUGCUGUGCUUAGCCCAACCUCUACUAUCUGAGUUUAUACUACUAGCUCAGUUCAGACCAGGGAAAACAGGCUGUAGUCACAGGCUUCCCUCUCCACAUCUGGAUAUUUUCACAACCAAUUCAGCAGUAUCUCUACAGGUGAACAUGCUAUAAAGCACAAACAAUCAAGCAAUGGCCACAGGGUAUGGCUAACACUCCUUUCAGAGUCUGAACAACAACAAGUGACACUCUAUUUGAGUUUAUGAGAUUUGUUUCAGUGGUAAGAACACCUUUGGGUUUUAAAAAUAUGUCAAUACUUGGACAAAGCCCUGGAUAUUCUUUUGAGUGUAGUUUACUUUGUCAUUUUAGAGCUUGUUCACUACCUGUACAAAAUUUGAGACUUAUAGACUUCUUUUUAGGAGUAUGUAUAGCUUAAAUAAGAGACACUCUCUAGAGACAAUUGCCUUGUUUCUUUAUUUUAUUUAUUUAUUUAUUUAUUCGCUUGCACAUCACAGCAGCAUCAGGAUAGGUUUACAAUAUCACUGUUCCAGGGCAUUUCAUCCAGCUAUAGGAUUUGUAAAUAUAUGCCAUGAAGAGAACAAUUUAGAUAACCACUAGUGGUUGCAAAAAGAUGUCAUGUCAGAUUAUUUUAAUUGUGCAAUGCCCUAGAUAGGCUUGCAAUAUAGUAGAUUGUUCACAUUGUGUUAAUUUGGAGAUACAUUUGGGGAAUGGUGUUUCUGAGAUUUGGGAAAUUAUGAGUAAAAUGUUCCAAGUGCCAUCUCAAUGCAGACUUAGUUUACAAUUUUGAGAAAUAUGGAAAUGCAUUCAGGUAUCAAAAGAUCAUUUAACAAAACCGCUUUGGAAGUUUUCCUUUGUUUUCCCUCUUCCCUGACCUCUCUCUCUCUUUUUUUCAAAACCCAUAAACCCAAGUGCAUGAAAAGCACGUGUUUUUUUUUUGUUUUGUUUUUGUUUUUGUUUUUUUAAUGUCUGAAGCAACAUAAAUAUACAUACAACAUAAAUAUAAAGUAUAUACAUAUAACCUUAUAAAUCAAAGAAUAUGCUUCAAGAGGCACAGCUAGUUCAGAUUAACUAAAAUCUUGCAGGUUCUGGGUAUCUUUGGCCAUUUUCAUCUAAAAUAUUUAAGGAUACUCAAAGGCCCAUGUUGAAUUCACUAGGCAAACUGUAAUAAUUGUUAAUACUCUUAUUUCUAGUUUUUGACAGUUAAGUAUACAGUAUCAGUGUUAAGUUAGAAUAGGUGCUUACUGGGUGACUUAUUGGUGCAUCAACACUCUUGGUGAACAGCAGGGCUUAAUCGCUUUCACUGCCGUAUUCUGAUGUGCAUCCCCAACAAUUCUGGAAUUUUGCCCCUGAUUUUUUUUGCAUUUUAAACUUUGAGCUCUUAUUUUUCUAUUAAAAUCCUCGGUGUUAUCUGUGAGAUAGACUGUGAGAUUGGACAGAGGCUCUUUUCUUGAUUUAUGGAAAGCUAGACUCAAUCUAUUAGUGAACAUAAAUUAUGAUAAUUUAAUUAGUUGCAUGGAAUUUUCCCAAUUCCAUUCAACACUGGCUUCAUAUGGUUUAGCAUGGCCUUUGAUUUCAUGGACUGCAAUUAGCCCAUUAAAUCAAAGGUCUGCUUGAUAGAGUGACCUGUGCAUUUGAGAUCCUGACCCAAUGGCUGAUUUUUCCCCCUCCCUAUGUGAUGAUCUUUAUUGAUCUUUUGAUAUAAAUUGGGUGCAAUAAUUGAUGUCUCAUAAAUGUUUAUUAAGGAUAUGCAUGUUAAAUUGCCUUAUGUUGUUACUAUUUGCAGUUAGCCUAGUCCUGAAAAUGAUCUGGUAAACUUCAGAAAGUGUGUUUGAUCAAAGUGGUAGGUUUAUUUUUGAGGGUACCUUUUCAGCAAUCAAUUUUGUAUCAUUUCAGUCACAGUGAGCAUGUAUAGUAUUUUAACUUACCUGGCCAACUGAUACUAAGCAGUCAUGCACAUUAUUUUUGUAAACCUUUACUAUGGGAAACGCAUGAAUGAAUCGUUAGUCAUUUCAGUGCAUUUGUUUGUUUUGUUGGAUUCAUUUAUGGUUGUUUCGAAUUUAGUCUUAUUGGAGGGGUUUUUUUUGUCAAAUUUGUUGUAUUAUAAUUUGAUUUUAAUGAGUUUUGUUGUAUAAAUUCACAUGCUGGUUGAUACCAGAUUCAGUUCAUAAUUAAUAAGAGCAAACAAUUCUUUCAUCACUAGAUACUAACUUAGUCACAUCCUUUUCAAACCAAGAACAUCUGCUUGAGGAGAUAAGGAACUGAAAAUUUACACAAGAGAUUUUUCAUGUAGAGACAAAUUAGUACCAGAGUUUUUCCUCGACAAGGUGCCACCCAUCAAGUGCCAUUGCUUGUUUUAUGAAAUGUGCAUGGUUGGACUAAAAAAUCUGAAGGAUUUUGUAAAACCUGCUUAUUCCUUCUCGUGUGCAGCAUUACAGUGAGAGGUCAUAAAGUGCAGCUUUUCAGCAUGACCCAACUCAUUGUUUUGACUUGAUUUUCCUUUUCUGUGCUUUUUUUCUCUUUUACACCUCUCUAGAUUUCGGUCAAUAUGCAUGAUGAACAGUUUUCCAAACUUAAAGCAUUGCUGUUGUCAUUUCCAUGGUUUUUGUGAAAUUUGUAAUGGAUUACCUUACAAGGAAUAAAAAAAAGUGGCAACUUUUGCAAGGGUAUAAUUACUGGUUGUGUGUUCAUUAAUAAGACAGCAACAAUCAAUACUAAUCAAUAUUUAGUUGCUUAAGCUGCUCAGAUAAAUGUGUCACAUGUACAAUACAUUCAAUCUAUUUUCAUUUAUUAGCAUGCUAAGUUGUAGAAUUGAGUUUUUAUUGAGAAAAGCUACUGUGCUGAUGCAUAGACAUGAACAUAAAUUGGAUCACACCACUGUCUCCCAAAUAAAUAUAGUCUCAUUCUUAUUUAUUGGAUUGCCUGUUUUUCAGAUGUGGUGUGCCAGUUGUUUGGUAUCAAAAGACAUUUUAACA